AGACUUCUAAGCGUGAUAUACUGACGUUUAGCUCGCCUAACUCGAACAUCAAUAAUUUGAAAGUUGUUUACAUUUUAUAUGCGCUUUUGCUUAACAUAUAUGGCACGGCGCCCCAUAUCCGUGAUGAGGUGAUAUUUCGCGUAAAAUACUAUUGUUUGUAAGGAGUCGGCGCUCCGUAAAUUGUUACGCCAUACGUGAUAACUGAUUUUCCUAUAUGGCCGCACAGACCAAAUUUCCUUUUAUGGCAAAAUGAUUCCGUACGUCAUAGGAUCCCGUAACAAUGAACGCUUCGACUCCCAUCAACACGACAUAUGGGCCAGUGCAAGGCAAAGUACGAGUCACUAUUAAAUUUUAGAAAAUAAAUGGCCACGAGUAUGGACCCUCCUGGAACAGCCUUUUUUUUUUUUUUUUUUUUUUUUUUUUUAUGGGGCAACGUGCACUGGGUUAACCGAGUGUUCAAUAAUCGUAAUGGUUCUAUGAUUUUUUUUUUUUUUUUUUUUUAGAAAUUCCCGCGUCCAAACGUGAGCGAGCAAGAGCGAUUUUCCCGUCGUCGGUUCUUCAUUCUAUGGACGCACAUUGUGAGAUCUACGUGAUAUGUCUGGGCAAUUUCACGGUGAUGAAUGGGGUGGAAUCUUUGGACGCAAUACUUCGUCAAUUUCUUUCAAGCCAGCGUCGCAUCCGACAACCAGCUGAUCAUCAUCAUCAUCACCAUGGGAACGGCUGGUCCAGUCGGUGCGGUCGCCUCAGUCGCGUGCAAAACGCCGUGAUCUGUUUUUGGGACGUCUGCUGGCGUUGGUGCCCGUUUUGUUAAAUUCCGUCUUUUGCUCUGCAUCAGAAACCCAGCGUAGAACGCUCCAAGAUAUCCGAAUGGCUACUGACGUAUGUCCUUCGUGCGGAGCCUCUGCUGUGACCGAAGAAAGCGGCGAUGGAUUUUCACGGGUGUGCACCGCCUGCGGAGCCGUUUUGGACGCUGCUCCGCUGCGUGCGACGGGGUUCUCGGGCGGCGACGAUGGCCUCUGCUUUGUGUCCUCGACUAGCAGAAACACCUUGACUCUCUGCCGCGCCAGAGGCGAGAGGGGAGCACGGUUUCAGUGCCUGCUGAGUGAAGGACUGACCGGAAACCGGCGCCUCUGCAAUGAUUGGAUCAAGCAGAUGGCCACGAAAGUGAACAUGGAUUCGGUAAUGGUGCAGCAGGCCUGCGACAUCUUCAACAAGAGGUUCAUUAAGCAGCCGUUCAGCCACCAGAUGGCCCUUGCGGCCGCCAGCUGCUAUCAGGUGCUGCGGGAGAAUGGCCGAACCAUAUCGCUCCCCGCCUUGGCCCAGAUGGCCCAGUGUACAGGCCCAAACCUGUUCCAGGCCAUUCGCACGGUCAGCGAGGAUAUGGGCACAGGAACGAUGCCUGCCAGGCUGCAGGAUCUGCUGCCCGAAGCGGCACAGGCGAUUGACCCCUCUGAACGGGCAAAGGUGGUGUCGCGUGCCACCGCUCUGCUGGAGCCGCUCCGGUGCUGCUGGUUCUUCGAGGGGCGGGCGCCGCGGUGCGUCGGGCCUGCGCUCAUCUUCAUUGCCUGGAAGUCGCUUGACGUCAACCAUCAAAACGUCUCGUACGCGACCUUCUGUAACAUGCACGGUUUGGGCAAGCCCACCAGCUCGCUCAUGUCCACGCUCUCUGACCUGAACAAGGUACUUGUGCAAAUGGCCAGUCACAUCCCGUGGAUCAAAGGUAAAAAGCUGAGUGCCAGCACUGUAUUGAUGUACGUGCCAGACAUAAUCCGCUACUCAGCAUCGUUAGUGAUGGACGCCACCAGCAGUGCGGCAAGCACCAGUACAGGGCAGACGGGCGAGCAACGAUCUGCAGUCGUCUAUAAAACAUUCCGGAAGGGGAGAAAAAGGACCAAGACGGCGCACGAUUAUGCGGCUGAAGUGGCGGACUGCGACGGCAAUGAGCACAUUUCGGACUCCGAAAUUGACCUCCUCAUUCGAAAUGAGCAGGAGGUGAAGGUUAUAGAGGCAUUUCUGGAAUCUCGAAAACGAAAGAAUGCGACGGAUGACUGACGUUUUGUUCGGCAGUAGUGUGUAGUCUCUGAGGAACUAAGAGGAUGCUAGUGAAAACUCUUAUAAUUGUUACAAAUGUUCUGAGCCACGUUUGACAUGGCCUCGUGGUAGUGAUGCAAAUUGUCACUGCAGCGAGGACGUUGCAAGACCUUCGAAUCCAAAACCGGCAUUAGGUGGCAUGGAUGGUGCAUUCUCUAGGAUCUCGGAAACUAUGGAAGUAUUGACGCGUGUUGAUGAAAAUUGAAUGCAUUCGUGAAAAAUAUUAAAUAUGUGACGCAAAAACACAAAUAUGCAAGGAGCAACGUUAGCAUCUGAAUUCAUGCGAAUGUAGAUAUCGUAAAACCUGUCUAUAUGCCCUCUAUAAGGGGGUGACCGAUGUUACUGCUUGAGCAUUACGUUGAGCUACAAGUCCUUCGUAAGGGGCAACCUUCCUAAAUGCUUCAGCAUCAAGGGCAUGUCCACUUGAGAACAAAACACCAUGUUGGGCGGGUGUUGCUUUUCAGUUGGUCAUCAACUUGGCUCCAGCAAACUGUGAUAACCACUGAACUGCACUGCAGUUUUCUCUACGGUCAUCUUUUCAUGCUAUGAAUGUGUUCAGCCUUUGUUAUUGCUGUCGUGUAUGUUCCUGUUCUGGUGGCACAUUUUCACUGUCCUCCAUUCCUAGACUGGUGUUUUCAUGCUUUAUAUUAAAGCUGCAAUGUUUUUUUC